CAAUGACGGAUCAGACAGCCUAGACCUUCAAGACUACCGGUACCUAAUCAAUCACAACUCAUAAUUGAGACAUCGAUUUUCUGCACAAUAUUCAUUGCCAAACACAAAUUUGAAAAACUUCAACAUAACCUCAUCAUUCCAUCAAGAUGAAUAGAUUGUUCGGCGCAAAGUCCUCAACCCCCAAACCAACCCUCAGUUCUGCCAUUUCAAAUGUCGACGAACGCAUCUCCUCCCUCGACGUCAAACUCGCCUCCAUAAACGCCGAACUCACCUCCUACCAAACCAAGCUCUCCAAGAUGCGCGAUGGCCCCGGCAAAACCGCCAUCAAACAAAAAGCCCUCAAAGUUCUACAACGCCGCAAAAUGUACGAAGGGCAGCGCGAUCAAUUGCAGCAACAAUCCUACAACAUGGAAAGCGCAGCCAUGAUGCAAGAUAAUCUGCAAAACGUCAUGACGACUGUGUCGACACUCAAGUCGACGAAUGCGGCGCUGAAAAAACAAUAUGGCAAGAUUGAUCUCGAUAAGAUUGAGAGGAUGCAGGAUGAGAUGGCCGAUUUGAUGGAGGUGGGGAAUGAGAUUCAGGAGAGUAUUAGUAGGAGUUAUGAUUUGCCUGAAGAGGUGGAUGAGGCGGAGCUGGAUGCGGAGUUGGAGGCGCUCGGGGAGGAGGCGGAGUUAGAGGGGUUGGGAGGCAUGGCGGAGGGGACACCGAGUUUUAUGGUGGAUGAGGUGCCGAGUUUUAUUGAUGAGCCGCCACAAAAGGUUGGGGAGGUUAAGGAAGCUGCUACUUGAGGGUUGGUGAAUAUCUGAUUUGAGGAAGGGAAGAGGGACACAUGAAUAUUAUUUGAAGGUUGCGGAGUGAGAAGUAGAGCGAAGGUUGCUUUCGCAGUUUCGGUAUACCAUGAUCAUAUUGUGGUGAUUGUAGCGAGAGUUUUUCGUUUCAUCGGCAUUGGACUUCUCCAUGUUUAUUCUAGCGGCGUUAAGAAGGCAGGUUUGAGGAGUAAACGAUGGAUUCUUGCGCUGGUACGGGGGGUAUUAU